AUGUUGGCUAACAGUCUUAAGAACUUCUUCUCUUCUGCUCCCAGAAAGACCACCUAAUUGAAGAAUUUGAUCUAGUCCAAGGACUUGUCUUUCAUCAUGGAAGCUCACAACGGUUUAUCCGCUGCCAUCGUUGAAGAAACUGGCUUCAAGGGUAUCUGGGGUUCUGGUUUAUCUAUUUCUGCUGCUAUGGGUGUCAGAGAUUCCAACGAAGCUUCCUACACUUAGGUUUUGGAAGUUUUGGAAUUCAUGAGUGACAGAACCAAGAUUCCCAUCCUUUUGGACGGUGACACUGGUUACGGUAACUACAACAACGCUAGAAGAUUAGUUAAGAAAUUAGAACAAAGAAAUAUUGGUGGUGUCUGCUUAGAAGAUAAGAUUUUCCCCAAGAGAAACUCUCUUUUGGAAGGAGGAAGAUAAGAAUUAGCUCCCAUCUAGGAAUUCGCCAGCAAGAUCAAGGCCUGCAAGGACACUCAAUAAGAUGCUGACUUCUAGGUUGUCGCUAGAGUUGAAGCCUUCAUCGCUGGUUGGGGUUUAGAAGAAGCCCUCAAGAGAGCUGAAGCUUACAGAGAAGCUGGUGCUGAUGCCAUCCUCAUGCACUCCAAGCUUAAAGAACCUUCUGAAAUUGAAGCCUUCAUGAAGGAAUGGAAGAACAGAGCUCCCGUUAUUAUUGUCCCCACUAACUACUACACCGUCCCCACUGAUACCUUCAGAAAAUGGGGUGUCAAUAUGGUCAUCUGGGCUAACCACAACAUGAGAGCUUGUGUCUCCGCCAUGUAAGAAACCUCCAGAAAAAUCUACGAAGAUGAAUCUCUUGUCAACGUUGAAAACAAGGUUGCCAAGGUUAAGGAAGUUUUCAGACUCCAAGGAGAAGAUGAACUCAAGCAAGCUGAUAAGAAGUAUCUCUGA